AUGUUCCAGGAGAACCAAUUACAGAGUGGAUGUCCAAUUGAUCCUGAAGGUGCAACAGUAACCGUAGCGACUACCUCAUCAAGAAGUUCCUCCCCAACGGCGUCAGAGCUGACCUUCUGUUCGGAAGAUACCAGUGAUCCAGACGACGUCAAUCACAUUGAUGAAUUGGAGUUGAACAUGACCGAUUUUCAUCGAAAAGUUGAACGAAGUUUGGCUUGGAUUCUAUCAAUGGAGGAACGCCUAGUAGAGAACUUCCCUCAACUGAAGGAUGUGAUCGGAAAUGAUAGAAAAGAGGAGGCAAAGAAAGUAGAAUUUUACGACCAUAUGGCAGAGAUAGAGACGGAGGACCUUAACGCCAUGCAAGAUCUGCCACAUGAGGAAUUGAAAGCCAUUAAUGAAUCUAUCGUUGAGCGGUUGUCAGAUGCAAGAAUUCGAUUUAAUACACAUGAAGAUUUAACUGCACAUCUUACUAAACAUGAGCCAAAUGUUCGCCGGUGUCUACGAUAUGGUCAACAACUCGCUAAUCUCGCAGAACGUGUUCAGCGGAUCUCAGGUACGGUAUCUCCCUCUUCUACUAUAGACCACCUCCAAUCUGUCAACUCCUCAGAAGUUAUGAAGAUGUUAAAUUUUCUUCAUAAUCGGUGGACAAAUCUCAACAGAGCAGCUGAAUCCGGAAAUCGAUUUCUUGCUAGCUGUCUUAUUAGUAGACAAGAAGCUCUCUUACGUGCUGUUGAAAUCCAGCUUGGCAAACUUGAAUGGGAAAAGGACCGUCAAGCAACAGAACGUUUUGGUACAUCCGUUCCAGAACUCAAAGCUCAACUUAGUGCCAAUCGAAGGCUGGAAAAUUACUUAGAAUUUGGAGAAACUCUUGCGCGCCAAAUGCAGGAUAUCGUUAUUCUAGUUCCUUCAGAAACGCCGAAUGCCCGUGAUGCUGACUUCGAGGAGAGAAUAGCGUUUCUUGCAACUCAGUGGACAAGACUUGUUGAAUGGGUUCAUACUCACUAUGCUCAGCUUCAAAAUGCUCUUCUACAUUGGAGGCACUUCCAGGAAGAAGCAGAUGUCCUAGAGGAAUGGUUAGGGCAGUUGGAGGUCGAAUCCAGGGAAGUAGAAAGAAGGAAAACUAGAGAGAUGGAACAGAAAAUGCGUAGAAACCCAUCGAGAACAGAAGAACAGGUCCUAAGAGAGGCGAGACAACUUAGCGAAGCAAUUUCUGAUGCUGUCACUGCCUGUCUAUCUCGAUACGAGACAAGGUGGGCUCAAUUAUUGGCAAGUCUUGAUAGACGUGCAACUAGCGUUCGUGAAGCCUGUGGAGAUUCUAUUGAGAUCCAACGUGCUGUUGAAACGCUAGUCGACAACCUCGUAUCUCGUUGGAGUCAACUCACUGAACCCCAUUUGGACUUAGACGAUAACGGCGUUCAUUCCCAAGACGUAAAUCCCCGGAAUUUCUUCCCAAGCAUGCAGCAGCAAAAUUCUGUACAGCUCCGUAAUGAAGGUGGUAGCUCUGAUGGUACGAAAAGAGCCGCCGAUUCUACUCCAAAUGCUGUUCCAGAAAAGCGGUUUAGCUUGGAAUCAGGUAUGAGAUAUAUUAAUACAGAAGAAUAA